CCUUCAGUCUUUGAGCUUUUUAAUGCGAUGGUGUCCCCGCGGGAUCAAAUUUCAGCGUCACAGCUGAGGCCUGGCUUCGCGGUCCCUGAUGGGAGAUCAUGAACAGGUGGCUCUUCCUUGGACAAGGCUCUGGAGUGUACAGCUUCCUGGCCCAGGACCCCACAGCAGGAGACCUUGGGACGCCCUGCUUCUGGGAACAUAGUGAGGAGUGUAGACUGGAUGCCAGUGGUGGGCUCGGGGACUCCACCACAUGGGGCUCCCCGCUUCCCCAACCCAGACCUGAAGAAGGAGUGCCGUAAUGACCAGGACGUUUUGAAGAGGCAUUACAACGUAGCUAAGAAGCCCUUGGAGACCAGCUCUUCCAAAGUCAAAGCCAAAACCAUUGUGAUGAUUCCUGACUCCCAGAAGCUCCUGCGAUGUGAACUUGAGUCACUCAAGAGCCAGCUACAGGCCCAGACCAAGGCUUUCGAGUUCCUGAACCACUCAGUGACCAUGUUGGAGAAGGAGAGCUGCUUGCAGCAAAUCAAGAUUCAGCAGCUUGAAGAGGUGCUGAGCCCCACAGGCCACCAGGGAGAGAAGGAGGGGCACAAGUCGGGCCCCUCUUUGGAGCAGGGCCAGCAGGAGCUUUAUGGGGCCCUGGACCAAGGCCUGCAGGGGCUGGAGAAGACCCUGCAUGACAGUGAGGAGGUGCAGCGCAUCCACACCACUCGCUGCCUGCAGCUGCUGGCCCAGGAGAUCCACAACAGCAAGAAGUUCCUGUGGGAGGAGCUGGAACUGGUUCGGAAAGAGGUGACCUGCAUCUAUCAGAAGCUCCAGGCCCAGGAGGAUGAGAUUUCAGAGAACCUGAUGAACAUUCAGAAAAUGCAGAAAACGCAGGUGAAAUGCCGCAAAAUCCUGACCAAGAUGAAGCAGCAGGGUUAUGAGACAUCUGCCUGGCCGGAGACUGAGGAGAUACCUCAGGGAGCUGAUGGCUGCUGGAAGGAACUGAGUGACAUAUGGUCUGCUGUGCACGUGCUGCAGAACUCCAUCAAUGGCCUCACCAUGUCUUUGGGGGCUCGUCCCAAGGCGUCAAGCCCCAGGGGCCACAAGGGGCACAGGCACCUGAGCCAUCCACUCCCCUCCUGGGACUCUGACUCUGACUCUGACCAGCACCUCUCUCAGCCACCUUUCAGCAAGAGCCGUCGUUCCUUCCCACACGGUGCAGAUUCUUCCCACUCCCCCCCACCCACCCAUUCCCCUCCUGACCGGCCUUGAACUCCCAGUCUAGACCCUUGGGACAGGCCCAGAUCCCAAUCUGGACAUUCGGUCCCUGCCCUGCAGCCCCAGAGUCCCCUGGACCUGGUCAGGCCCUGACCCACUCUCUCUCUCCACAGCUUGAGCAGCCGGGACUGCUCUCCCUGAAGACCCCUCCAGAAAGAAAAUAAACUAGCCCAGACCCUCUUCUU